AUGCAUUCGCUGCACAGCAGAUUCGCUUUGGAAGAAAUACAGAAGAGUUAUCAACACUAUCCUUUUCUUGCGUUCAUGUGGAAUAAAGCUGAAUCUUGUAUCCCUAAUCUCGUAUUUCAGUCUUCUUGGUUGGCGUUUCCUUUUCUCUUGCAUCAUGUUUAUUUUAAUCGUAUCGAUGAGUACGCCAAAGACUGUGCACCACUAAUGGUGUGA